AUGGAUAGACCCCCUGCCGCCUCGCUCGCGCAAGCAACCGCCGUUACAAUAGCCAUUCUUCCCCCUAAAGUCACGUCCUGUACCGUCACAAACCCGCUUGCUGCCGCGAUUCCGGCGGCGCGCAGCGUAACCCAAUCCACGUCACCGGAGAACAAGCACAAGCGCGCAUUGGAGAGCGGGCCAUUAGAGAGCACGCACAAGCGCACCAGUUCCGUCCGCUUCGCCGACGACCAUGACGUGGAGCCGGGCGGAAGCGGAGAUGCCGACGGGGGCGGGGAAAGCGGAGGCGGAGGCGGAGGCGGCGGCGGAGGAAGAGGCAGCAGAAGAGGCGGUGGUUCCAGGGAGGUUAGCGAACAAACUUCGGCGGAUGACGUAUCGUCCGAUGGAAUAUCGCUCGAGUCGAUGAGCCGCGCGGGGAGCCAGCGGGAGCGCGAGGAGUGGCAGCUAGACUACAGCCAGUUCGAGGCGGCGCGGCGCGACCUCGACGACGGCCAUGGCCGGCUGCCGCGAAUACUCAAGCGGCGUGAGUUGCGCUGCUGCGAGCUAACGCUUGCCCUCGGAGUGGCGGGGCGGAACCCCGUGGACGGAUACUACCAGCAGCAGAACGAGAUGAUUGACGGAUUCAGUGAGAUGGACGCGCUCAGUGAGCAGCUGUUGCCGCCCACUCCCAGUGAGGUGAGGGAGGCGCGGCGGCAGCACCGGAACGAGUUCAUGGCGGUGCAGAUAUCCAACGGCGCCAACGUGUGCCUCUUCAUAGUGAAGAUCAUCGCGUCCAUCGUCAGCGGCAGUCUCGCCAUCCUGGCUUCCACGCUCGACUCGCUGUUGGACCUGCUGUGUGGGUUCAUUCUCUGGUACACAGCUCGCACCAUGCGCCGCACCAACCCCUACAAGUACCCCAUUGGGAAACGGCGCAUGCAGCCCCUGGGCAUCAUAGUGUUUGCGUGCAUCAUGGCAUCUCUUGGAUUCCAGAUCCUUCUAGAAGGAGUCCGCAAGCUCACAGACUCGAACCACUCGACGGACCUAGGGGAGAAGUGGCAAGUGUAUGUGGGCAUCAUGGGGUUGGUCAUUCUCACCAAGUUCAUCCUCUUCCUCUACUGCCGCCUCUUCUCCGAUGAUAUCGUUCAGGCCUAUGCCCUCGAUCACAUGAUGGAUGUGGUAACCAACACCGAUCACAUGAUGGAUGUGGUAACCAACACCGUGGGCCUCGCUGCAGCAGUGCUGGCAGGGGAGUACGCGUGGUGGAUCGACCCCGUCGGUGCCAUCUUUCUCGCCCUGUACACCAUGUUCAACUGGGGCAACACCGUGCUCUCCUUGACUCUUCAGCUGGCCCCCCACAAUACAGCUCUCCUUGACUCUCGAGUCGACUUAAAUGUCACCCACCCCUCAUCUACCCCUCAUUCCUCCCCAUCUCCGCCCAUCGCUUCCCCUUCCCUCCUCCCCCCAAUGCAGCUCGCCCUGUACACCAUGUUCAACUGGGGCAACACCGUGCGCGAGAAUGUGCGCUCUUUGACUGUUGAGUCGACUCAAAUGUCACUCACCCCGCAUCUCCCCCUUCCACCACCCGCUCCCCCCGCCCUUCUCCCUGCCACCCACCAGCUCGCCCUGUACACCAUGUUCAAUUGGGGCAACACAGUGCGCGAGAACGUGCGCUCUUUAACCGGACGGACAGCGCCGCCCGCGUUCCUGCAGAAGCUGACGUACCUGUGCUGGAACCACCACCGGGCAAUCCUGGCCAUUGAUACAGUGCGGGCGUAUACGUUUGGCGCGUCCUAUUUCACUGAAGUGGAUGUUGUGUUGCCAGAAGAUAUGCCGCUCAAGGAGGCACAUGAUAUUGGCGAGGCGCUUCAGAACAAGCUGGAGCGGUUGCCGGAGAUUGAGAGAGCAUUUGUUCACUUGGAUUACGAGGUGUCGCAUCGGCCUGAGCAUCACCACCACCUCUCCACGUUCAAUGUCAGCAACGGACCAUCUCCCACUAGCUUCUCAAGCGACCCAAGAUCUCCAUGA